AUGAAAGCUGCUCUUGCUAUCGUUUUCUUUGCCUGUAUCGCUGGCUCCAUGGCCAACCCACUUGCCGGAGCUGUUCAACAACUCCUUGGACAAGGUCAAGGUGUUUUACAAGCUAUCGUCGGCCAACUCCAACAAUCACUCAUGGGUUUAGUUCAACAAGCUCUUGGUAACGUACAAACACUCAUUGGUACAAUUGGUGCCCGAUUCGACUUCACAGCUCUCCUCGGUAACUUCCAAGAAAUCGUCAACCUUGCAACCACUGCUCUUAAUGGAAACCUCUCUGGUUUACUCCAAGGACUUCUUGGUUUAGGUCGUGCUGACUUUAACUUUGGUCAAAUCAUCCAACAAUUCAUUGACUCCGUUAAACCAGCCGUCAUUGGAUUAGGUCAACAUGCAUUGAACCAAGGUUUAUCCGCUGUUCUCGGUGCUCUUGGAAGCCUUGCCCCAACAUCACGUGCUAUUGGUGAUAUCUUCGGAAGCCUCUCCGAACAAUUCUCCAAUUUGGUUGGUAAUGCUCAAACAGCCCUCCAAGGUGCUCUUGGUCAACUUGCUGCUAUUGGUUCAGGUAUUCUUGAUGCCUCAAAACCACACUUCCAACAACUCCAAGAACAACUUGUUGGUCAUGGACUUAACGCUCUCGGAUCACUCUCCGAAACCAUCAACAACCUUCACGGUUCAAUCGUCGGUCGUCGUUAA